GCGGCCCUAGAGACCGGGUGCUGGUGACACGCGCAGGCGCGGUGGCGAGCUGCGGUGCACUGUGGGAUGGGAGACCGGCGCGCCGGGACGGCGGGCAUCUCGGGGCACCGGGCAGAGGCGCGGCGCGCGAGGAGGGGCGCGAGCGGUCGCGGGCGGCAGCGCCAUGAACGCGGCAGUGGUGCGGCGGACGCAGGAGGCUCUGGGCAAGGUGAUCCGGAGGCCGCCGCUCACCGAGAAGCUGCUCAACAAGCCACCGUUCCGCUACCUGCACGACAUCAUCACCGAGGUGAUUAGGAUAACUGGCUUCAUGAAGGGCCUCUACACAGAUGCCGAGAUGAAGUCAGAAAAUGUCAAGGAUAAAGAUGCAAAAAUUAGCUUCUUACAGAAGGCCAUCGAUGUGGUCAUGAUGGUGUCAGGAGAACCCUUGGCAGCAAAACCAGCUAGAAUUGUGGCGGGGCACGAACCCGAAAGAACCAAUGAGCUGCUUCAGCUGAUUGGCAAGUGCUGCCUCAACAAGCUCUCCAGUGAUGAUGCAGUGAAGAGAGUCUUAGCUGGGGACAAGGGGGACUCGAGAGGGCGGACCCAGCGGAUGUCGAAAGCACAAGAGCCUGACAAUAAGAGUGUGAAGGAGGAAGAGUCCAGAACACACAAAGAGGAUAAACGAAACUCUGAGGUCAAGGAGAGAAGCAGAAGUGCAGAGCACAAACAGAAGGAGGAGCUGAAGGAAGACAGCAGGCCUCGGGAGAAGGAGAGGGACAAGGAGAAGGCUAAGGAGGCCGACAGAGACCGACACAGAGACCCUGACAGGGACAGGAACAGAGACGGAGAGCGAGAGAAAACCAGAGCACGGGCUAAGGACAGGGACAGAAACAACAAAGACCGGGACAGAGAGGCAGAAAGGGACAGGGAGAGGGACAGGAGGAGUGAGGGCGGGAAAGAAAAAGAGAGGGCGAAGGACCGAGACCGAGACCGUGACAAGGGAAAAGACCGAGAACGACGGAAAUCGAAGAAUGGAGAACAUACCCGGGAUUCUGACCGGGAGAAAAGCAGAGAUGCAGACAAGCCAGAGAAAAAGUCCUCAAGCUCAGGGGAGAUAUCUAAAAAGUUGUCAGAUGGAUCUUACAAAGAUGUGAAAGCAGAGACGGAGGGUGACGUUUCUGUGGGAGCAUCCAGGUCCUCGACUUUAAAAGCAUCAAAACGGCGAUCCAAGAAUUCCCUGGAAGGAAGAAGGGACUCUAGAGCCAGUGGCAAUAACCCUUCCCCUGAAAAAGAACAUAAGGCCUCCUACCGUAAAGCUAAGAAGGACCAUAGCAUGAAGCAGCUUGGAAGGAAAGAGGAUAAUAUUUCAGCUAAGAUUUUAGACUCCAUAGUGUCGGGACUAAAUGACGGAGCAGAUCAGGAAACGGCCACUGCAGAAAUAGAUGAUAACUCAGCUAGUCUGUGGCGGGAGAGCGCUGAGCCCGAGCCAGCAGUAAAGCAGAAAGGCGACUCCCCCAGCGACCCAGAAGUGGAAGCUGGACCUACUGGCCCAGAUAAGCCAGAGGUGACGGAGAGUGCAGAAGUCCCCAGUGAGCUUCCCUCCAGCCUCAGAAGAAUACCUCGGCCUGGGAGUGCACGGCCAGCACCUCCCAGGGUCAAACGACAAGAGAGCACAGAGGCACUGGCAGGAGACAGGUCAGGAAGUGGUAAAACUGUCUCCAGUGUGAUCAUCGACUCCCAGAACUCUGACAAUGAGGAUGAUGAGCAGUUUGUGGUGGAAGCUGCCCCUCAGCUGUCAGAAAUUGCAGAAAUUGAAAUGGUGCCGUCAGGGGACCUGGAGGAUGAGGAGAAGCACGGUGGGCUCGUGAAAAAGAUCCUGGAGACAAAGAAGGAUUAUGAGAAACUGCAGCAGUCUGCCAAGCCUGGCGAGAAGGUAAGGAGCAGGCCUGACAUGGUGUUAACUCACUAAUCCUGUUCCGUGCUUCCGUGCCCUCCCCUUCACAGCUGAGGCAUAGAGAGUUUGCGGCUCUGUCCGUGGGGUCCUGCUCCCGGCUGGCUACCCUGGCAGUGUGUGGGCAGCGGCUUCUGUGCACAGCUUCCCCCUGGCUGGCCUGCUCAUUCUUCCUGGCUGCUGUGCAGAGUGGACAGGCUGACUGUUGACCCUCAGUGGAGAAUUAAGAGCUGGGAGUUUGUAGGCCUGUCUUACUGUGAGUUCUGUGUGUCUUGCUCCCAGGGCCUUUCUUA